CGCAGUGUUCGGUUCGACGACGGACGGUUGUCGCUCGAAAACCCCAGAGUCUCGCGAGCCCCUGGCACCUUCCAAGCGGCAAUUAAUCAAUGAAGAAUUGUACAAUAGCUAGAAACACCUUUGUGCACUCUUCGAAAGCAGUGACAACAAGCCAAGAGGGCAGUGGAUGAAAGGGACUUCGUAAAAGCGCCCCAAAGUGACGUACUCGAAAGCCACGGAAAUACGGAAAACGAGUUAUGAAAAUACAAAUUGUGGCCGUGCCAUGUGAGAAUGUGUGUUGAAAAUUGUUGUUAAGAAACAAGAUUUGCGCCCGUGCCCGUGGUUGUUGUUGCUAUUGCGACCUGCGAUCGCUGAUCGACGAGCGUCAACUGAAAUUGGAUUUUCGGCGCCCCCGUGACAGUACUAGGGAAUACAGCCACUGAAACACCCAUCCCACGACAUCGCCUGACAGAUAGCGACAACUUUUGGCGCUACAUGAAAUUUUAAUUAAAAAAUCUGUCCGAAAUACGGUAGAAAUUACUUGCAGCGGCAAAAGUUUCUAUGCGAACCGGCGCAAGUAUUUAUGCGCACGAGUGUCGUCUGUGUAUCCGUCAGAUACUCGCCGUCCGUGUGUGCUGCAUCUCCAGGUGGCGUGCGCCUGUGUGAGUGCUUGAUGUGAGCAGACGUGAAAUUGGAUUAACUUUGACAGACGCACUGCGGUUUUUAAUUACCGCCGCAGAGUUUUGGGAUUAACGGCGGAGAGUCGCACCAGCUCCCCAGCUGGGCGGAAUCGUAUGAACCAGGAAAUCAACCAGAAAGCAGCUAACCCAACGGAAUGGAAAAAAUGUCAGACCACGCCGUUUGCAGAGCGUUGACGAUUUGACGCGGAGCUGUGUCUGGAAGGAAACGCGCCCGCUUUUCCGGCUCUCGAGGCGCCUCUACGCGGAGUGAGGUGCAAGCGCAGAGAAGGUCAGCCAGCAACGACCCCGAGAGGUCCCAAGUCACCCAAGAGAUUUAAGCUACGACGCACAAGAUGAGACACAACCGACUGAAGGUCCUCGCCCUGGGACUCGUCCUGCUCCUCGCAUCCUGCCGAGCGGACGGGCCGCAGCACAGUGCGGACCACGGCAUGGGCAUGGGCAUGGGUGGACACGGCCUGGACGCGAGCCCCGCGCCCGGCUACGGAGUGCCAGCCAUUCCCAAGGACCCCAACCUGCGGUGCGAGGAGAUCACCAUCCCCAUGUGCCGGGGCAUCGGCUACAACAUGACCUCCUUCCCCAACGAGAUGAACCACGAGACGCAGGACGAGGCGGGCCUGGAGGUGCACCAGUUCUGGCCCCUGGUGGAGAUCAAGUGCUCGCCGGACCUGAAGUUCUUCCUGUGCAGCAUGUACACCCCCAUCUGCCUGGAGGACUAUCACAAGCCGCUGCCCGUCUGCCGCAGCGUCUGCGAGAGGGCCCGCUCCGGGUGCGCGCCCAUCAUGCAGCAGUACAGCUUCGAGUGGCCGGAGAGGAUGGCCUGCGAGCACCUGCCCAUCCACGGCGACCCCGACAACCUGUGCAUGGAGCAGCCCUCCUACACGGAGGCGGGCAGUGGCGGCAGCUCCGGCGGGUCGGGUGGCUCGUCCAGCGGAUCAGGCUCCGGCGGCAAGCGGAAGCAGGGAGGCAGUGGCUCAGGUGGCUCCGGGGCUGCCGGUGGAUCCACCUCGACGAAGCCCUGCCGAGGACGCAAUUCAAAAAACUGCCAAAAUCCCCAAGGAGAAAAGGCAAGCGGAAAAGAGUGCAGCUGCUCGUGCCGCUCCCCACUCAUCUUCCUGGGGAAGGAGCAGCUGCUGCAGCAGCAGCAGGCGCAGAUGCCCAUGAUGCACCAUCCGCAUCACUGGUACAUGAACCUCACUGUCCAAAGGAUCGCCGGCGUGCCAAGCUGCGGCAUUCCGUGCAAGGGGCCCUUCUUCAGCAACGACGAAAAGGACUUCGCCGGCCUCUGGAUCGCCCUGUGGUCGGGCCUGUGCUUCUGCAGCACGCUCAUGACCCUAACGACAUUCAUCAUCGACACGGAAAGGUUUAAGUACCCGGAGCGGCCCAUCGUCUUCCUCUCCGCCUGCUACUUCAUGGUGGCCGUGGGCUAUCUGUCGCGCAACUUCCUCCAGAACGAAGAGAUCGCCUGCGACGGCCUGCUGCUGCGCGAGAGUUCCACGGGCCCGCACUCCUGCACCCUGGUCUUCCUGCUCACCUACUUCUUCGGCAUGGCCUCCUCCAUCUGGUGGGUGAUCCUCAGCUUCACCUGGUUCCUGGCCGCCGGUCUUAAGUGGGGCAACGAAGCCAUCACCAAGCACUCGCAGUACUUCCACCUGGCCGCCUGGUUGAUACCCACCGUCCAGUCGGUGGCCGUGCUCCUGCUCUCGGCGGUGGACGGAGACCCCAUCCUGGGCAUAUGCUACGUGGGCAACCUCAAUCCCGACCACCUGAAGACCUUCGUGCUGGCCCCGCUCUUCGUCUACCUGGUGAUCGGAACCACCUUCCUGAUGGCCGGCUUUGUGUCCCUCUUCCGCAUUCGCUCGGUGAUCAAGCAGCAGGGCGGCGUGGGCGCUGGCGUCAAGGCGGACAAGCUGGAGAAGCUGAUGAUCCGCAUCGGGAUCUUCUCCGUGCUCUACACGGUGCCGGCCACCAUCGUGAUCGGCUGCUAUCUGUACGAGGCGGCCUACUUCGAGGACUGGAUCAAGGCCCUGGCCUGCCCGUGCGCCCAGGUGAAGGGUCCCGGCAAGAAGCCCCUCUACUCGGUGCUGAUGCUUAAGUACUUCAUGGCCCUCGCCGUCGGCAUCACCUCGGGCGUGUGGAUAUGGUCCGGCAAGACCCUGGAGAGCUGGCGUCGCUUCUGGAGGAGGCUGUUUGGAGCGCCUGACCGCACGGGCGCCAACCAGGCGCUGAUCAAGCAGCGACCCCCGAUUCCACAUCCGUACGCCGGAUCAGGGAUGGGAAUGCCCGUGGGCUCGGCGGCGGGCUCCCUGUUGGCCACGCCCUACACCCAGGCGGGCGGCGCUUCGGUGGCCUCCACCAGCCACCACCACCUGCACCACCACGUUCUCAAGCAGCCGGCGGCCAGCCACGUAUGA